GUAGGUCUGAGGCUGCGAGGUAAGGUAAGUUACCCCCAGGCUGGUAAUAACAUGCCUCAAGUAUGGCGGUUGAAACCGCAUUACGAGCCGUACGGUACCGCCGUUCGAUACCGGCCGCGUACACGAUCGGUGAGGGAGAGUGACGAUGUCGGAGCUUACAGUCGGGGAGUCUGAAGUCGCUUUCGAUUCAGAUCUGAGAUUUGACGGCUUUGCUGCACUUCCCCAUCAUCUGGCUGCGACCUUGAAACAAAACAAGAAGAAAAGCCCCGACUUCAGGUGCCUCUCCUAUUAAACUACAAACUACAACCACUAGAGCCCUAGACAGAAGUAUAUCCGGGAUUUUCACCUCUCCAUGGUUCGUCGAGUCAUCCAUGCGCAGGACGGUCUCCGUAACUCUGGCGGCCUCGGGACUCGUCCGGACCAGACAGGACCAGCCCGACCAACGUCCGCCCCGCUGUUCUGCCCUCCGAGGCCCAAGUCUGUCAUAUAUCUCCUAGACCCGGAGUCUGAUUGCUCCGGUCAGACUGGUCGCGCGGUCCGAUGAGCGGAGUCCUGUCCCUCUGGCUACUCCAAUUCAUACGGAGUAGGCCUUGGUCUGGUCUGGUCCGUGGCCUCUACGGCGUGGUUUCAACUCACGGACAGCCUUAACCACUCCGGAACACUAGCAGUAGCUUCAUCUCCAUCUUCCUGUCCUCAUAUCGGCCCGAUGGGGGUCCCCCCUCCCCCCUUCCC